AUGGCAGACAGCGACCAUGAUCUCAAAAUAUUUGAUAACCCUGAAUCCGAUCCUUUGUUUAAAAUCUUUGGGUCUGGAAGGAUAAGCCAAAGUGAAAACGAGUCUCAGCUUAGUUACACAGACGAGCGCACAGGCCCAGGUGAAUGUGGCAUAAGGACAGCAAGUCAAGAUAGCGUUGACCUCUUCAGCAGCCAUGGUCCUUCACAAGGAUCACUAUUUGACCAAGAACUGGAUAUUACAUUGCAGUUAACAGAAAAUAUUUGGGUGCAGUGUGAUAAUCCAGACUGCCAAAAAUGGAGGCGCAUUCCUGCCAGGUUUGCUGACAGCCUGGAUGACCAGUCCUGGUACUGCCACAUGAAUCCAGACAGAAACAUGAACACAUGCUCUGCAACAGAGGAGGACCAUGCAAAGUACGACAGGAUGGCGCGGAAGGCUGGGAUCAAGUUUGUCAUGUCCCUGCUGAAUGAAGGCUGUCUGGUCUGGGCCAAGAUGGCUGGAUACUGCAAGUGGCCAGCUGUCAUAACGAGAGACCCUGAAGUAGGUGUUCACGUACUUAUUGACAUAGAUGGAGACCCGACCACUUAUCAUAUCGAGUUCCUGGGAAAUCCCCACUCACACUCCUGGGUGGCUGCUAAACAUGUACAGGUAUAUGGCCACAAGAACCUUGAAGACAUUGAUGGCUCCCAAUCCCAGUCACAACCACACACUCAAAGGCCAGGCAGAGGAAGGGUAAGGAGACGUUGUGGUCGGAGUCAUGCACCAUUAUGCACAUCCUCUAACAACAAGCUACGCAAGUCGUACAAGCGUAUCCACAUUGAGGACGUCGUGGAAGAGGCAGAUUUCCUCCUCGGUCUCGCCCCUGAGGAACGGCUACGUUACACAACAUUCAAAUAUGACCCAUUGAAGAUGGUGGAGGAACAUGAUACAGAGCCCAAAAGAAAGUCAUCAUCAUCUUGUGAUAAAUGUGGACAGCACACAAGAAGAAAACGCAAGCAUAAACACAAGACAGGCUAUGAGGAGACAACCACAGAACAAUCUAGGCUUCUAGCAAUGAAGACCGCCACAUUCAGCCACUCGCAGAACUCCCAACACAUUAGAACCAAAAGAUCUCACCUGAUUGAGAAGAAACAGCGUAAAAAGCCUGGCAAGGAGAAUCUGCCUGUAAAUCCUCCAGGAGCUGGGGAGUAUGACUUCCUAUCGGAUGGAGAGAUUUCUCAAGAUGAAGGCAUUUCUGUUCCCACAAUAAGGACAGCGUCGAUUGGAGGGUUCGAGUCCCCAGAACAAUUCUCCCAAUCCAAGCUGAGAUUCCUUAACACCAUGACUGACAAAACCAAGGAGGAGAAGUUUACCAUGGACAUUGAUAUGUACAAGAAGAAUGAGAAGGCCUUUGAGCAUGACGUGUACCGGUUUAUGUCCCGUCAUGGUCGCCAGAUCCGCAGUGUUCUGGUCUGGCAUAAUAUCCCUGUCAGGAUGUUCCAAGUCUACCUUGCUGUACAUGAGAGAGGGGGAUUUAACAUGGUUUCAAAGAAGAAGCAGUGGACAGCAGUCUUCAAAGAACUUACAGAGCAACAAAAUUCUCCAAAUGGAGUUCCUGUGAAAAAGUAUUAUGAGAGGAACUUGUACCCCUAUGAGCUAUACAUGGGAGGCAAGGACUACAUGGCGUGUUUCACUGCUCAAGACUCCAGUAACCUGAAGCCAGCCAAGAAAACAAAGAAAAAUAACUCCGCAGGAACGCAUGGCCAGACUCAAGGGGGAGAUCAUGCUACUGGAAUAAUAGGAGAGAAAAGAGGGGAUAACUCUGGUGGAAAGUCUGGCCAUUUAUCUGCCCCUGUGCUGGAUGAACACAAUAUAGAGGUGGCUUCCUGGGAAAAGACUGCAGAAAAGAAUGACAAUGAAUCACUUGGAAAAGGUAUUGAAGAAAUCAUGGGUCAGCUAGCUAAGGAAUACAAUGUGGAAAAAUCUGCCAACAAAGACAAGCACUUUGAGUCUUUAGGCCUAGGACUGAGGUUCCAUGACCAGUCUACGCCCAGUCAGCCUAGUGGGAAGGUCCUAUCCGAGUUUCAACCACCAUCAUUCUCUGAUGGUACAAGCCAGUCCCAAGAGGUUCCAGAAAUCUUCCUGCCUGACAGCACAGUGCCCUCCGUGUCCGACGGUGAUGGUUUGUCUGACGUGGAAAACAAGAUCUUACAUGAAAUGAAGGCUCUAGAAGAUGAUAUGAGACAAAUAGCAGGUGAUCUUGAUCUUUAGAAUAGAUGUUUACUUGGAUAUAUAGUUGAAAUUGGAACUCAAGCCCAGCAGUGGUUACACACUGAGAAUUCAUGCUUGUUGAUUAUGAAGACUGGAAUUAGCUACAUGUUUUAAUAGUUGUGGGCGUACUCUUUUUAUUUAUUAUAUGAAAGUUAAAUGCUAAAGUCAAUUUUAAUGUCUGGUAGAGUUUGAGUUUGAUUAAUCAAAUCAUGUUCAGACAAUUAUAUGUUGAAGUUUUCCCGUGUUUUUUUUUCUGCCAUUUAGUGAAUGGGGUCAUGGCCUUUCAGAUUGGGAAAAAAAUUGUCAAAUUUUCAGCUUCAAUUGGGAAUUCCAAUUUUGCCUAGAAACAAACAAGAAUGCUUUUAAAAAAUAGACAGAAAAGAAUUAUGAUCAAGUUUGUUUCUUCAGUUCAAAGUUUAUUGGCAAUUCUGCAUAAAAUAGCCUUUAGCCAUAUAAUACAUCAACUCUGUCAUAAAAAAUGGUUUGAGGCUCAAGUGGUUUAUUCAAUUUUUUCAAAACAUAAUUUUCAUUUGGAAUUUUAUUUUCACAUUUGGAAAAAAUGUAUGUGUUUUAGAAUUAGGAAUGUUACAAA